GAACUAGUCUUCUGAAAAAUGUUCUCCAUAAUUUACUUAACUAUUCAUCUCAAUUAAUGAGCGUAGCAGGGUCGUUCCACCAAUUCCUUUUGAGAAGUUGGUCCAAAAAAACAGUUAACUUUAUUUAAUCUAAUUGAAACAUUCUGUCAUAAAGAGAACAUGUUCAACUACUUCAUAAAAAAACAUGUUUUCCCAUCUCAAGAGGUUAAAUGAAAAAAUUACUAUCGUAAGUGCCAAAUUUAGUAGCAGGGUUGACCGUAAAGGGUUGACGAUUUCCUCUUAACUCAACCAUAAAUCCCCCUUUUUCACCCCAAAAAUGAAAUUGUUAAAACAUUUCUAGCCUAUCUAUCUAUGGGUAACAGGUUUUACGUGUUUUCCACCACAAAACACCAGCAAAUGGUCAAAAAGAGUAGAACAAGCUUUUACACUAUGGUUUGACUAUUCAAUGUUCCAUUUCUUUCAAAAAAUGUUUUAAGGAAAUGUUUCACAUAACAGGUCUGACCUUAAAAUGAGGGAAAGAUGUCAAUUAAUCACAUUAAAUAAAAAUUAAUCUUCAGAAAUGACUUUGUCAAAGCAACAACAUAACUAGGGCUGUCCAAUUACGGUGAAAACUUGGAGGAAUUUUGGGGUUGAGUUAGUUAAAAUCUGCAGAGGGUACACGGAGGGACAUGCUGAAUUUUGGCACUUUAGCAAGUCUUUACAUAAAUAAUUAGAUUAAAUUCUCCAUGUAGUUUUUAUUGAAGGGCACUUUAUUUAAUAUAACAGGCUUUUAAUAUUCAAUAUUGGUGCACAAUUUCUGCUUAAAAUAUCAAAAGGUACCCAUUUCGUGGAACAAUGCCGCAGUGCUGAUUGGGAUCAGGUCCCCAGUCCAUGUUAUUCAUGAUGAUCUCGUAUAUAAUAAGAGUCUACCAAGCACACCCAAAACCAAUAAGUAAAGUGUGCUGGAGGCAAAAUAUGAAACUGGAAAAACAGGAAAAAGUCUAUGCACACCUCAAGUCAGAUGCAAAUGUAUUUUAAUAGUAGGUAAGCUUUCGAUCAGUCGACCUUCAUCAGAGCAUAUCUCCACAAAAUAUUCUGAUCUAAAAAGCUAAACUGAUCUUAGAUCAGCACUCCCACUCUGAAAUUAUUGACUAGUGGCCAAGAUCAGUGCUUAUCGUGAUGUUAUGCCUCUCUCACUGUUUCAUCUGUAGAAUCCAGGAAGCAGCCGCCCAUGUUUUUCGACCGCCAGGCAUCUUCCACUAGAGAGAGCUACCGCAUCAGUGCCUCAGUGCCCAGGAGUGUCCACACCACCAGCCAAAGGAGUGGCAGGUCCCUCCCACAGGUUGGGUCCAUAGGCAGGAGAAAGCAUGCUUGGCACACCUACAAAGCCAGCUCCUCUGAUGAGGAAGACUCCUCUGAUGAGGAAGACACAGAGCAAGAAGCCAAGAACAGGUGUCUGCCUCUGAAUUUGCGCAAAGAGGGCAUUUGGGGAAUCCAUAAGGACAGAAUGAAGAUGGGUGCGAGUCUUGCGGAUGUCGACCCCAUGGCGAUUGACCAGUCGGUGCGCUUUGACACCGUUGGCGGUCUGACAAGCCACAUUUCCGCCCUGAAGGAGAUGGUAGUCUUCCCUCUGCUCUACCCAGAGGUGUUUGAGAAAUUCAGGAUCCAGCCCCCAAGGGGCUGCCUGUUCUACGGUCCCCCUGGUACGGGGAAGACCCUGGUGGCCAGAGCGCUGGCCAACGAGUGCAGCCAGGGGGAGAGGAAGGUGGCCUUCUUCAUGAGGAAGGGGGCCGACUGCUUGAGCAAGUGGGUGGGAGAGUCGGAACGCCAGCUCAGGCUGCUCUUUGACCAGGCUUACCAGAUGCGGCCAGCCAUUAUCUUCUUUGACGAGAUCGAUGGGUUGGCUCCGGUUCGCUCCAGUCGUCAAGACCAGAUCCACAGUUCCAUCGUGUCCACCCUGCUGGCCCUAAUGGAUGGCCUGGAUAGCCGAGGAGAAGUGGUGGUGAUCGGAGCCACCAACCGACUGGACUCCAUCGACCCCGCCCUCAGACGCCCCGGACGCUUCGACAGGGAGUUUCUCUUUGGCCUCCCUGAUCGCGAGUCCCGGAAAGAUAUCCUGAAGAUACACACCAGACAGUGGAAUCCUACACCAUCCGAUCCUUUCCUGGAAGAAUUGGCUGAUAAAUGUGUCGGCUACUGCGGCGCCGACAUCAAGGCGGUGUGCGCCGAGGCGGCCCUGUGCGCUCUGCGCCGGCGCUACCCCCAGAUCUACGGCACGUCCCAAAAGCUCCUGCUGGACGUGGGCUCCAUCAACAUCAACAGCCGGGACUUUGUGGCCGCCAUGAGGAAGAUGGUGCCAGCCUCCCAGAGGGCUGUGUCGUCCCCUGCCAAGGCCCUGACCCCUGUGGUUACGCCCCUGCUGGGCCCUGCCCUCACCAACGUGUUGGACGCAGUGCAGAAGCUCUUCCCCCACGCCGAACAGGGCCUCAAGAGGAAGAGGGAUGCAGAUCUGACAGACAGCAUUCUGGAGGAUGAAAUCAUGUACAGUGGGGACGAGGGCCCCUCGUCCAAUAAUUCCAUCACCAAACAGACCACCACCAAAGGGAGCUUCCUCCAUUUUGCCAGGAGUGCGAUCUGCCACCCCACCACCUACCGGCCCAGGCUGCUGCUGGCUGGGCGUCCCGGGGCGGGUCAGAGCUCCCACCUGGCCCCCGCCGUGCUCCAUGCCCUGGAGAAGUUCACCGUCUACACCCUGGACAUGGCUGUGCUGUUUGGAGUCAGCUGUACCUCACCCGAGGAGGCCUGUGCACAGGUGUUCUGCGAGGCCAAGCGGACCUCCCCCAGCAUAAUGUACAUCCCCCACAUCCAGCAGUGGUGGGAGACGGUGGGCUCGGCCCUGAAGGCCACCUUUCUCAGCCUGCUGCAGGACAUCCCCUCCUUCUCCCCCAUCAUGCUGCUGGCCACCAGCAACGUGUCUCACCACGACCUGGCCGACGAGAUCCAGACUCUGUUCCGGAUGGAGUAUGGAGAGGUUCACUCUAUCCAAAUUCCCAACCAGCAGGAGAGAAGGAAGUUCUUUGAGAAUCUCAUCCUUAGCCAGACUGCCAAGGCACCCGCAUCCAAGAAGAAAGCCUUGAUGCAUGCCAUGGAGGUGCUCCCCCUUGCCCCCCCUCCUCCCCCUAGGCAGAUGAGUGAGAGGGAGCGUCUGCGUCUGGAGGAGCAGGAGGAGGACACACUCAGGGAGCUGAGGCUGUUCCUGCGCAAUGUCACUGACCGCCUCUCCCAGGACAAACGCUUCAAGGCCUUCACUAAGCCUGUGGACAUCGAAGAGGUUCCUGACUAUAUUAAGGUGAUCAGGCAUCCCAUGGACCUCUCCACUGUACUGUCCAAGGUCGACCUCCACAAGUACAUGACCGUCAGGGAGUUUGUCAACGAUGUGGACCUGAUCUGGAAGAACGCCCUGGAGUACAACCCUGACAGCGACCCAUCUGAUCGUCAGAUUCGUCACCGGGCUUGUGCCCUGAAGGACACGACCCACGCCAUCAUCCGCGACGAACUAGACGAGGACUUUAACAGAAUCUGUGAGCAGAUCAGAGAGUCGCGCAACAAGAGAGGGUGCACGUCAUCAAAGUUUGCCCCCUCCUACUACCAGACCUUGCCCAGAGAGGAAGGAUUUGCCGAGUCCAAGAGGCUAGGCGGUAACACUGGCAAAGACGCCAGCACCCCGUUCACUGCCAACACCCCACGGCCCGCACCCUGUCCUCUAGCCCGUAAAAAGAAACCGCCCAAAACACGAUGCGAAAGCAAAUGGAGCUCCGGCAUCAUGAAGAAGAAUAAAAAGAAACCUACUUCUUCCUUUUCUUCGAACAAGGAGAUCACAAACUCAGGGGAGGAAGAAGCGGAUGUGAGUGAUGGCAUAGAGGAGGGCGAAGAGAAACAAGCUAAGGCUUUGGAGACUAUUCUAGAGAACUCCCCUAUGGAGUGUACCUCAGAGAAGACCACUAAGCCUGCAGAGGAUGUGGAAGAGGCCUGUGUUGCAGAGCAGCCCACCACCACUCCAAUCCCCAAUGGUGACUGGCAACAGCAAGCUCCAGACCCCACAGAUGACUCACACCAGCCAGGCCUCACACAGGUCCAAUCUGGGAUCCAAGCCAGUCCAGUGGUGGCAGUCAAUGGAGACAACUACCAGCCUGCCAGCCCUCCAGUGGAACGUGACCCAAGUCCAGUCAAUAACACCCCUACAAAGGAGGUAGAUCAGGGGGAGAAACACACCUCAGAGACCAAAGAGCCUGAAAGGUUGGAGGAUGACUGGGACAUAGUGAGGCGUGUGACCCGUGCCACCAGGACUCUGGUGCAGCAGCAGCAGUUGAUCGACGUGGACAAGGCCCUGGAGAUCCUGACCCAGAAGACCCCUCAGCUGGUCGUGGACCACGACAAACUCAAGGAAUUGCUCAGAAGAGUUGUGUCCAAGACUGAGGGCUAUGAGGUGCAUCAGCUGGAGAAGCUGUAUGCGUUGUUGUGUCAGAGCAUCUACAGACACCGCAACAACUUUGAUAAGACAGAGCUCUUACAGGAAAUGAAGAGAGAAAUCGACAACUUUUCCUAACUUCUUCGCUUGAUAUUUUCCAUAUUGUAAUAAAAUGAUGCAUUUCGAGAUUUUCUCUUUUUUACUUAUUACAAUGGGCCUAAUCAUGCAUUACAUUGGUCAGAAAUGUGGUUACCAUAAUUUAUAGUAUUUCAGAGGCACGGACUUGAUUCAGAAUUGACUUGAGACUUGUAUAUUUUUCUUACUUGUGACUGACUCUAACACAGUGUGUAUUUUUAUGUAUGCAUUUGAAAUAUGUCUGAAAUCAGUCACAGACAGUAUGUGCGCAUAUGCUGAGGUUCACUUCAUGCUCUUACAGUGUGGGGGCCACGGGACUAAAACAGUGGAGAAGUUGAAACUCGCGCUUCAACACUCUUAGUUGUUUUGGAAAUUGACCCACUUUGCGGUUUACUUUCUGCAUCUAUGUCAUAUCACUGAGUCUACCUUUUUAAUUGCAUAUUAUUAAAGUAUUUAUAUCUUU